CUCACCCCCCCGAGCAUUGCUCUCCUGUCUGUCUUGUUCGUUACCACCUUGUGCUACCUUUGAGUCUCUGUUCUGUAGGGAUUUGUUUUCCGACCGUCCUCACCAUGUCUGGGCGCGGGAAAGGAGGCAAGGGACUUGGCAAAGGUGGCGCCAAGCGUCACAGGAAGGUUCUGCGUGACAAUAUCCAAGGGAUCACCAAGCCUGCUAUCCGACGCCUCGCUCGCCGUGGUGGAGUGAAGCGUAUCAGUGGAUUAAUUUAUGAGGAGACUCGUGGAGUGUUGAAAAUUUUCUUGGAGAAUGUUAUUAGGGAUGCUGUUACCUACACGGAGCACGCUCGACGGAAGACCGUGACGGCGAUGGACGUGGUGUAUGCCUUGAAGAGACAGGGGCGUACCUUGUAUGGUUUCGGAGGCUGACCAACAGUCUGCACAGUUUCGUCGGCCUCUUAUCUAUGGUGUUCUUUUAACACCACCACUAUUAAGGAUUUUACUUCUCUUCCAUUAAUCUGCAAACCAAUUUUCAUGUGAUGGUGUUUGGAUUUGUGUUAGGCCAGCCUCCAGUGCUGUCUCGUAAGGGCCCGAUGUGUUACUAACUAUGUCCGGUUGGUGGUUUAGAUGCGCUCUUAACUUGACCGACGGUGGAUGUAAUUGACAUACUGACUCUGCUUUCUAUGCCUGACCGAAGGUGUCACCUUAUCAGCCCACUGACUUCGCUGUCAUUCCAUUUCGUGGGAUGAACAUAAUGUCAUGUGAAAGGUCUGAUCUCUUCAGGGGUGUAUGACUAACUCGCAUCUAAUCGCUAUCCGGACUACCGUCACCACUCUCUGUGCUCAGAAACUAGGAUGGGAUUGUCGUGUAAUAUUCUACUUCUUCUUCAAUGAUGACGAGGUUUCUUACCUGCCUGCGCACGCUUUAGGGUACGGACCAAUAGAAGUCGGUCAAUCGCGGCUUCAUGAGUCUCCGCGACAUGGAUUAACCCAAGAUGCAAUGCUGGCUAAGCUACGCUCCUGUUCAGGCUUUUGGAUUUGUUGUCGAAAGCCUGUUCGUUAUGACAUGCCAGUGGGUAUGUUGUACGUGGAAAUAUAUGCCAACUUUUUGCUGAGCAGAAGAGAAGCUAUGUACGUGCUCCAGCAUUCCGUCUGUAAUCUGCAGGUGGAGAAAGCAUAUUACCGUCGGUACAAGAUCCCCAUCCUUAAAUUGUUAGAUUGUGGCAGACUCGUCGUGUCCCAAUACCUGCAGUGCAGCGUUGCGUCGAUCGAGGUAGGGCCCAAUUAUCUGUAUUGGAAGAAGCCCUUAUCUGUUUGGAGGUUCACCUCCUCUGCAAACCACGGGUUGUCGACAGUUUUAGUCAGAAAGUAGAUUAUUCCUUCACUUUCCAACGUAUACGUCUAAGACUGUUGUAUCAGCAAGCAAAUAUAGUCUAGGUGCUACUUUAGUGAGUUUCAGUUGGCUAGGCACAUUACUACGUCUCUCAAGUCUUCGCAAGUUUUUGGUAAUUAACAUGUUAUAUUCUUACAAGUAGAAAGAAAGUUAAUUUCUAACUACUCAAAGAAUGACGAUGUGUAUUUGUGCC